CCUGGGGUGCUGGAUCUAGUUCUCAGAAGCUGACCUGAAGCAGUCUACAGGCAGGGGGAGCUCCUUCAUGGAGUGGCGGAGCGGGGACCCUCCUGCCUUGGGGAUAGAGACGCUGAAGGAGUUUAGGAGAGGGUGGGAUAUAUCCGGUCCCCAGUGCCCCUCUCCAAACCAGGUCACGCCCAAAGGAGGAGCAGGAGGGGAGGAAAGGGAACUGAGCCAUGAACACCAACCACCACCUCCAUCCCAGGGGCUCGAGGAAUAUGCCGCGUGCCAGUCGAACGCCUUCAUGAAGGGCGUUUUCACCUUUGUCACAGGCACUGGUGUGACUUUCGGCCUGCAGCUGUUCAUUAAGCGGAGGUUUGCAUACCCGGUGCAGUGGAGCUUGCUGGUGUCUGCUAUUGUAGGAUCUGUGGCCAGCUACAAAGUGACAAAAACGGAGUCUCAGAAAUGCAGAGAUCUCUGGAUCUUCCUGGAGACAGGUCAACUCCCCAAAGACAUGAACACAGAUCAUCACAACUAGAAGAGCUCUGGCUGCUUAGGGUGUGGAGGAUCUGAAGAGAGGAAUCCUGGAACACUGACUGCGACACUAACUCCAGGCUGGUCCUUCCUACCUCGCCAAACACACACACACGCACACACGCACACACACGCCCUGUCCCCGCACGUGUGUUUAGGCAGGCCUGCCUGACAACCAAUUCUAGGACUCGCCCAGGAGUUCAGCUCAGAAAAGGACUUGGAAGACAAGGGGUGGGGGUGGGGUGGGGGGGUGU